AUGGCCAACCAGCGAACCAGCAAACCCAGGACCAUAUUUAAACUUGUGGAGACGGCAGUGUUCGUAGUGUCCGGCUUCCACAUCUUUCUCGGCAUCCUCAGUGUCUGCCUGGGGGUUAUCAGCAGCUUUAAGGCCGAAGUCUGGCUGGCUCACAGUGUCUCGCCAAUCUGGAGUGGAGGCUUCUUCUCUAUCACGGGUAUCCUUGGCAUCUGGUGCGCCAGGAGAAAGUCUUCCUACGUGAUCAUGUCAUUCACUGCCUUCUCCGUGGUGUCCAUGGUGGUAGCUGUGGUCAGUAUCCAGCUGCUGAGGGUGGGCCUGGUCAACCACACCACGGACGGACACACGUUCCAGAAGGAGAAGAAGGAUAUCCUCAUCUAUGUUUCCUUGGCGGCGGCGGGUACAGAGAUCCUCGUGUGUAUGGCGUCUGUGGUCCUCAGUUACCGGAUUGCUAAAGUGGCCAAAGAAGAACACAGCAAGCAACGAGAUGGCAUGUUCUACGUGAAGGUGCUGGGUCAGAAGGACAUCGUAGUGGUAACUAAACCUGUCGAUGACCAUGAUGAGCUGACUGCCGUUUGA